GAAUUGCAGCUGGAUCUGCUGGGCCUUUGGGCAAACGUCAAUGGGAGAGGGAACAGCAACGUUGCUCACAUCCAUCCUGGGUUGCUUUCCGGCGUCCUGUAUCUACAGGCCGGAGCUGAUCAAGGUGCGACGUUGUGCUUUACAGAUCCGCGCGGUGCCGCUGCAGGAGAGGAGGGUCGGCUGGAUGGCGAUCAUAUCGCAAACGAUUGCAAUGCUUUGGAAGCCUUUGCUGGCCUUGUUGGACUCCAGGGCCUGCGUGCCGGAGAACUUUUGAUUUUUCCUUCCUGGUUGCAGCACCAUGUGCCACCGCACGUGGGCACAGAGCCCCGCAUCAGUCUUUCCUUCAACCUCAAAGCCCGCAUUGUCGGCGAGAAGAGCGAUCUACAGUAUCUACAAUUUCGGAGCAGCGAGGGAGAGCUGCCUCCGAGGAUCGCGGGUUUGGAAUUCAUGCGCAUGGUACAUCUUUUCCCAAACAAUCUAUCGCAGCACGUCGAGGAGAAGAGUUGCUCGAACUUGCCAGCCAGACAGGCUCACACGGAAGGACCGCGUCGUGAACGACCACCAGCCGAAGUGGCAUCCUGGAUCAGAUCUUCCGGACUCGCAGCUCGAUGGAUCUGUGCCACGCGUGCAGCAGCACCGACGAGCAGGCCUCCGCUUACUGACGCUCACGGCUCUGUCUCCCUUCUGACUCUUCCGUCAGGCUUUGUGCAAGCUGCUCGAACUCGGCGGUCAGUCCUGUCUCCCGCAACGGCUGUAACUGGGAUUCACGUGCUGCAAGGUCGCCUGGUCUUGUGGCUGUUCGAUCCGAGGCUGCCGGUGGAAGUUGUGGCGGCUUCCGAUCCUGUGGCUCGCCGCCUAUUCGGUCAGAAGGUCGCGCUUGAUAUGCGCGAGGGUUCUGUGGCAGCCUUUCCGGCUGUCGUGUUCUCAUCUAUGGAGGCUGAGGAGACCUCCCUUGCCCUGUCCUUCGUCUUAGAGUGA